AUGUCAUCGUAUGUACGGUAUAAUCAGAACAAUAACAAUGAUUUCGAUGGAAGAUUCUUAAACUCUCUUAGUUUGGAAGAUACAGAAACAGAUUCACAUUAUACGACUGCGGAUCAUCAAAGUCAAACUAGAUAUUUGACGGCGGAAGAAGAAGACGAAGAUGAUUUCAUGGAUAUAGAUCAUACAUAUGAUACUUUAUUACAUCAGAUUUCUAACAGAUCAGUGAAUUAUGAUUCUACUAGAUUUCAUUCCGCGAUUGGAGACGAUAAUUAUGAUUUUGACAAUGAAAUGGAUGCUUUAAUAAGAGAAACAAGACAGUUGACACCAGUUGGUAAGAUCACCAUCGAUGAAGGUUUACAAUCAACACCAAACGAUGAGAAUAGAAUAGAUAAAAACGUGACAGUGACUGAAUACGACACAGAUGAAGAGGAAGAAGAAACUGAAGAAGAAGAAGAAGGUCAUACAAGUUUUGUCUCUCAUUUGUUUUCCCCUACUACAUUAGGAGCUCAAUUAGCAAUUAGAAAACCACAAUUGUUGUUGUUACCACCCCCAACUGCUUCAUCUAAUCCAGAAACUUCAAUAGAUUCUACCAGCAAUGAUAUUCUGGAAAGUAUAGAUUAUGAUUAUGAUUUCACUAUAUCUAAUAACAAUAACGUAAGGCAUUUAACUACAUAUACUCCUAAAGUUAAUGCUAGCUCUCUUUUCGGCAACUCUUCAGGCAGUAGUCGAAAUGCUUCUUCUGCUAGAGUUGAAAUUCAAGAAGCUGAUGAAGAAAUGGAGGAAGCUUAUUAUCCAAAUAAUGGAGCAAACAUAUUUCCUAAUCAACAUUUACAAAGGAAUAAUAUGGAAUCACCAUUUAUUCAAUCACAUCAUCAACAUAUACAUAAUCAUAAUCAACCAGUACAGAUCUUACAUCAACACCAGCAUCAUCAUCAUUAUUAUAGUAACAAUAAUGAAGGGAAAAAGAGUAAGAAACAAGAUACUCAAAGCUCUCCAAUAUCUCCUGAACAUAAUGAUAAACUGGUCGUAUCUCAACAACACGAUUCUUAUCCUAAAGAAGCCAAUUUACCCUUACCAUGGGAAUCAAAUAUUACUCCAUCAGAAAGAAUUCCCUAUUUAUUAUCAUCAUAUUUACAAUUAUUAAUCAAUAUCAUUGUAUACAGCUAUGCUCUUUAUUUAGUUGUUAAAGUAGUGAGUGUGGUCAAAAAAGAUAUCAAUGUGAAGUUAAACCAGUUUACAUCGAAUAUGUUGGUGGAAAUUGAAAGUUGUAAACGUUCCUAUUAUGAAAAUAAUUGUUCACCAGAGUUAAGAUCUCCAGUAAUCGAUAGGCAGUGCACACAUUGGGAAAAAUGUAUGAAUCGAAUCACUGCUAAUGGAGGCGGGCACAUUUCAGUAGUUAGUGCUGAAACUGUUGGAAUUAUUUUGAAUGCAUUUGUUGAACCACUCGGAUUAAAAUUCUUUAUGAUGUUAACUUUCGUGGUAUUAAUAUUAUUUUUAUUUAAUUUUGUGUUUGGUUAUAUUAGAGCAAAGACUUAUUAUGGAUGGCAUAAUAAAGAAAGAUAUUUAUAUGAGAGUAAUGAAAGUAGUAGGAUAAUGGGAGAGUCACGGUCAAGAUUAGUAUCACCAAGGAAACAACUGCCUAUAAAGGAGCAACGUUUAUUGACUCCCUCACAAAAUGGAGGCAGAACAACCCAAUUUCAAUUACAGUAUUAG